AUGAACAAAGCGGAUCCUGAAAUGCGUAAGUUGAUCAGGAGCCAAUGCAUGCUGGGGAAAAAUCGCGGAAGAAUUUUGCAUAGUAGGCGAAAGCCCAAGACGGUUGUUCCAGUCUCAGAGCCAGUCCAAAAACUGCCAGACCUGGAGGAGGCUGCUUCCGCAGUCCUCACUAAGCUUGGUUCAGAGUUAUCUUUGUUACGGUUUGCCGAUUCGGUAGAGCCCUCUACGCUAUGGGAAGCCUUGAAAUUCACCUCCACUUCGAAACAGACUUUCUUCCCCUUGGAGAAAUGCUUUGAUUUCAACUUAAAAGACCGAUCGAUGUUCGAUCCGUUGACAUUCGAUCCGGCCUAUCUACAUGCCGUCAUAUUUGGAGCUCAAGCAUACUUGGAUUUGGUUUCGGGUCGCUCCAGUCAACGGUCGUUAGUGCAGAUGUUGAAGACAAUUCAGCUCCUUCGCAACAGACUUUCGAUUUCGGAUGGAAACGAACAGGCAUCCGUUUCUAAUCCCACAAUACUGAUCGUCUUAACUCUGGCACACGUUGCACAUUUAACUGGCGAUCAUAUUACCGCUGAGCAACACUUGGAAGGUCUUUGCAAGAUUAUCAACCUGCGAGGAGGCAUUGCUGCUUUCCAAAAUACUCCUAAACUUCUCACCGAGUUAUUAAGGUUAGCAAGAAUCCUGACCUUCACUUAUCUGUUUGGGACUAUAAUACCUGGGGCUUAUGGCUGA